AUGCAAUAUCUCUGGUGUCUUGUCCUCUUCUUCACGGUGACCGUUCACUCGAGAAAAACGACGGAGCCCCCCCCAGAUACAGUCCGAACCCUUAUCGGGCCUCUUACCACCCAGUUUAGUGCUCCAUCGAAAUGCUUCGAGGAAAUCCGUACAAAGAGGGGUAUUGACCUUGAGUUGGGCUGUGAAGGCCCAAGCGGCAAUGAAUGCUGUCCAGAGGGAUGGGCGAGCAACCGGUACUUCAGCCCCGGGAUGUGUCCCUCAGGCAAUCGAGUCUGCACGCUACCGACCACAAGACAAAGACAUGAAACGACCGUUUUCUGCUGCCCGAGGUAUUUCGACUGCCCAGACAACGUCGAGUACCCAUUCUGUCUGAGCCAGCUGAACACCCCCACGGCGGUGACCACACACACCACCGGUUCAACGACCAGAGUGCAAUCCGAAUACCUAGUGUUUGCGACCCCAAUCCAGGUUCGAUUCCAGGCAACCGACAGCUCUGUUGUCCCCAUCCCCACGGAUUCGUUGAACCUGCCGCCCCCGAAAAAGCCUCUAUCAAAAGGCGCCAAGGCCGGCAUUGGAAUUGGUGUGCCCGUAGGAAUGAUUGGGCUUGCCGCUGCAGUUGUACUUUUCCUACGCCGCAGAAGGCGUGGUUCGAGCGAUCAUGUUCCCUUGCAGUCGAGCAUGCCAGAUCCCCCUCCAGCUUAUUCCGAAACGAAGUAG